CUCACUCUUCAAAAAAAUUAAAAAAUCAAAUUACCCUUUCAGUAAUUAAGAAUUCGUUUUAUUUUUCUCUUAUCUUUCCCACACUUUUCCCUAAUAAAACAAAUAUUUUUAUUUUUUUUCCUCUAAAAUACUGUUCCGCAAAACUCUUCCACCCUCCAACAAGAAAACACUUUUUAUUGCGCUUUUGGGUUUUUAGGGCUUGGUUAAAAUAGGGCCGUUGAAGGAGGAGGAUCUAAUGGCGGCCGCGACACAAGGGCAGACGGUGAUGAUGGACCCCACGGUACUGGAUGAUAUAAUCAGACGGCUGACGGAAGUCCGAUCUGCCAGGCCAGGGAAACAAGUGCAACUAUCUGAAACUGAGAUCAAGCAGCUUUGUGUUGCUUCCAGAGACAUCUUCCUUCAACAGCCCAAUUUGCUUGAACUUGAAGCACCCAUUAAAAUUUGCGGUGACAUUCAUGGACAAUAUAGUGAUUUAUUAAGGCUCUUCGAGUAUGGGGGUUUUCCUCCUAGUGCCAAUUAUCUAUUUCUUGGCGACUAUGUGGAUCGUGGCAAGCAGAGUUUGGAAACAAUAUGUCUUUUACUUGCUUAUAAGAUUAAAUAUCCAGAGAACUUUUUCCUAUUGCGGGGGAACCAUGAAUGUGCAUCUAUUAAUCGGAUAUAUGGAUUUUAUGAUGAAUGCAAGCGACGGUUUAAUGUGAGACUUUGGAAGAGCUUUACUGAUUGUUUUAACUGCCUUCCUGUUGCGGCUCUUAUUGACGACAAAAUAUUGUGUAUGCAUGGUGGCCUUUCCCCUGACUUGACAAACCUUGAUCAAAUUAGAAGCUUAUCUCGUCCAACUGCUGUUCCUGACACUGGUUUGCUGUGUGAUUUGCUCUGGUCUGACCCUGAUAGAGAUGUUAAGGGAUGGGGAAUGAAUGACAGAGGAGUUUCAUACACUUUUGGUGCAGAGAAGGUGUCAGAAUUCUUAACAAAGCAUGAUUUAGAUCUUGUCUGCCGUGCACAUCAGGUAGUGGAGGAUGGUUACGAAUUCUUUGCUGAUAGGCAACUUGUUACAAUAUUUUCAGCACCCAACUAUUGUGGUGAAUUUGAUAAUGCUGGUGCCAUGAUGAGUGUGGAUGAAAACCUGAUGUGUUCUUUCCAGAUUCUUAAACCAGCAGAGAAAAAAGCGAAGUUCAUGUCCACUAAAAUGUGAUGGUUGCAGCUAUCAAUGUGUAGUGGCUUACAUGUAGACUUGACCAAGUUAUCCUUUUUAUAUGAAAUCCUAAUAAGGGUUGAAGCUGAAGAUCACUGGCUUAAGAACUUUUGCUUAUGGAGAUGCAGGUGACGACUUUAUGGAUACUAUUUGUUGGGUAAAAAGCUUUACAAGUCUGUUGUAGGGUAGUGUAAACCACAAGUGUAUUUCUCUUAUUCUUCUCUUUCUCCCACCUCUCCGUUUAUCUUUUCUUUAUAGCAGUUAAUCUGCGGUGCAUUUGUAGAUAUAUCUGGUCUGGCAGCACGUGGUUGUGCUUUGAGUUGUUGGAACAAAAGAAAUGGCCGCAUCUGUCUUCUAAAUAUUUUUGGUUUUUCCCAGACUAUUCACUGAUUGAGCUGUUUGUAUGAAUAUAAUUAGGUGCAUUCAAAUGUUAUGAUUA